AUGUGCGAAUUACUAUGUGGAAUGAUAGUUGAUGUCAACAUUCACUGCUUAAACAUGACAAACGCCGGCUUGAACGACGAGAGAGUUGAAGAACAACAUCGCAACCAGCUUGCUUCUUCUCAUUUCUCUCCAUUUACAGAGGAUACAUCUUGUUCAUAUUGGAUUACAAAACAAAAAAAUAAACUUAAAAAUACCAGCGAAACAUCACAAAGAACUUCAGGAUAUUUACAAAAAUGUUCGAAAGCAGUGUUGCCAAUUUUCAUAAUGUUAGAUCGAUUUCAAUUGCAUGAACAUCAUUUGCAAUACGAGACAGUUUGCUUGUUGUCAUCAGACAAUGAGUCGCAUCUUGAUUCAAUGUCCAUCCUUUUACAAAGCAAUGAACUGAAUUGCGAUUGUGUGUUCGUUAACCAAUUCGAACAUCAAUGUCAACUGGAAUAUUGA